CACUUGUAACCUCACUUCAACCCUGUGCAUGGGUCCUGUUAUCACUGUUUCACAGACCAGAGCCCCAGACUCCGAGCUGUGAGGUUAUCACCUUGGCUGAGCCAGGAUUUGAACACAGUGGGGCAUGUCUUUUGGAGAUUUGGAGGGGGUUGUGGGUUGGUGAUAUAAUCUUCCUGCCCCUGUCCCCCCCUGCUGCAGGCCUUAUCUCCCCUGCCUGGGAGUCCUCAGGGCCAUUUGGGGGCCGUGUCCUGCACCUGCCCCAUCACUUGAGGGUCCUUCAAGGGACUGGGGGUACAGAGAGCAGCAGAGCUGCCGAGGCCCAAAGCCCCGAGGUUGUACUGGAGCCUCAUCUUCAGUUCCUUCCACCCCAUGUCAGGGCCCAGGCAGGGAGGACUGGACACCAGCCCCCACCUCAGCCUGUUGCCCAUGUGGGGUGGCACCCCAGGGUCCUUGGCCACUGCUCUCUCAGGUUGGUGAGGUGCCACUUGAGAUGAGUCACAGGGUCUCAUGGAAGUCACGGAGCUGGGAGCUGGGAUUUGAACCCAGAGCUGCAGAUCUCCAAAGCCCAGGCUCCUUCCCUUGCCUGGGGUUGUCACAAUGCCAUCCAGUCUUCUUCAGAGCACUCUCCCAGCCCCCACCCCCCAGAUCAGCCUGGGCACCAGGCAUCAGGUCCAGGGGCUGGCCAUUAGCCAGGGGGGAUGGCCUGAGGCUUUCGCAACACUUCCCUUUGGAGAUCAGAGGUGCUGUAGGCAGGGCCUUCAUUCCACCUCCUGCCACUACUAUCUACAGGCGGUGGGGACCUGGAGCAUGGGGACAGGGCUGGGAGCUGGGCCCAAGGGCCUGGUCUGGGCAGUCUGUCUGCUUCUGGCAUCUCCUGCCAUGGCCACUGGGCCCGAUGUCCCUCAGCCUGAGGUGGACACCACCCUGGGCCGCGUGCGGGGCCAGCAGGUUGGCGUGAAGGGCACAGACCGCCGAGUGAACGUCUUCCUGGGCAUCCCGUUCGCCCAGGCGCCACUAGGGCCUGGCCGGUUCUCCGCCCCACGCCCGGCGCUGUCCUGGGAAGGUGUGCGGGACACCAGCACCGCCCCCCCAAUGUGCCUGCAGGAUGUCGAGAGAAUGGACAACAGCAGGUUUUUGCUGAAUGGGAAGCACCAAGUGUUCCCCAUUUCGGAGGACUGCCUGCUCCUCAACAUCUACAGCCCAGCCGGGGCCACCGCAGGGGCCAGGAAGCCGGUCAUGGUGUGGAUCCACGGGGGCUCAAUGAUGGUCGGUGCCGCCACAUCCCAGGAUGGCUCAGCCCUGGCCACCUACGGGGAUGUGGUGGUGGUCACCAUCCAGUACCGCCUCGGGCUCCUUGGUUUCUUCAGCACUGGGGACGAGCACGCACCUGGCAACUGGGGCUUCCUCGAUGUGGUGGCCGCUCUGCGCUGGGUGCAGGAGAACAUCACCCCCUUCGGGGGCGAUAGGAACUGUGUCACCAUCAUUGGCGAGUCUGCAGGUGCUUCAAUAGUCUCUGCCCUGGUCCUGUCCCCGCUGGCCACGGGUCUGUUCCACAGAGCCAUCGCACAGAGCGGGAUCAUCACCAUGCCGGGGAUGCUGGAUCCUGACCCAUGGUCCCUGGCUCAGGACAUCGCGGAGUCUUUGGCCUGCAGUUCCACCUCCUCAGCUGAGAUGCUGCGGUGCCUUCGGCAGAAGGCGGGUGAAGAGCUGAUCCUCACCAAGAAGUCUCACAAGAAAAUUAAUAUCAUGCCCUACACUGUCGACGGCACCUUCUUUCCCAAGAGCCCCGAGGAGCUCCUGAGGGAGAGGCAGUUCCACUCUGUACCCUUCCUUCUGGGCAUCAACAAUCACGAGUUUGGCUGGCUUAUCCCCAGGGGCUGGGGGAUCCUGGAUCAGCUGGAGCGGAUGAGCUGGGAGGACAUCCUGCCCCUCCUGAGGCUCCUGUUGACCUACCAGAACGUUCCACCCGAGAUGAUAUCCACCGUCAUAGAGGAAUACCUGGGCAGUGGUUCGGACUCACAGACAGUGCGUGAAGUCUUCCAGGACUUGGUGAGAGACAUUGUCUUCAACUUACCCAUCUUGAACUUCAUAAGAAACCUCCAUGAUGCUGGGAGCCCCAUCUUUUUCUAUGAGUUCCAUCAUCGACCCAGUUCUUUUGCAAAGAUCAAGCCGGCCUGGGUGAGGGCCGACCAUGGGGCUGAGAUGGCCUUCGUGUUCGGGGGGCCCUUCCUCACAGAUGAGAGCUCCCUCCUGGGCUUUCCGGAGGCCACGGAGGAGGAGAAGCAGCUGAGCCUGACCAUGAUGGCCCAGUGGAGCCGCUUUGCCCGGACAGGGGACCCCAACGGAGAGGGGCUGCCGCUUUGGCCCCUGUUCAACCGGUCGGAGGAGUACCUGGAGAUCAGCCUGGUGCCACGGAGCAGCCAGAAGCUCAGGGAGGCUCAGAUGAAGUUCUGGGCAGAGACACUCCCCACCAAGACCCAACAGUGGCAGCAGGAGCAGGACAGGAAGGCCCGGGAGGAACUCUGAGACAGGGCCUGGACUUUCUUGGCUGGGGUUGGUCCCUGGGGUGGCAGAGUCCCAGCAGGAAAGCCUCAUCUCCUUGUGCUGGGGAGACUUGCACCCAAACCGGCUGAUGUGGGGUCAUGACCCUUAAAACCUCAGCCCCUCCGGGACUGGCGUUGUGCUUUCUUGAAAUAUCACCAGGCCCCUCCCUGCUUCCCACCUCCAGGUCUUUGCAUAAGCUCCUCCUUCUUCCCGGGGUGCCUUUCCUGCUGGCUUCUUGGCAAGUUCUAGCUGAUUCUACGAGCUCCCCCAAGCAGCCCCUCCUCCAGAAAACCUUCUCUGGGCCACCUGGCCCCAAGUCUGUGUCCAUUACAGCACAGUCUACCCCAGGCUAGCACGGUUGUGAGAGUGAGACUCAGCCAGACUCGGAGUCUGGGGAUGUUUGAAGAGUGCAUGGAAAACUGAGAGAAUACAUGAAUGGUGACUGCAGGACUUGAACCCAGACCCUUCAGGCACUAAUGCCAUUCUCAUUCCCCAGCAGAUGUUGGGCCAUGGUC